AUGGACAUGACUGCGGGCAGCUGGACGACGCCGUCGCCGUCCUCGCCGCCGAGGAAGCGGCGCACGUACCCGUCUUGCGCGGAGUGCAAGCGGACCAAGGCGAAGUGCUCCCGCUCGUGGCCGUGCACCGAGUGCUCGAAGCGCGGCAUCGCGCACCUGUGCCCGGACGAAGUGACCUCCACUGCUCCGCCGAAGGCGCAGACGAUCGCCGUGCUCACCAAACGGGUCGCGGAGCUCGAGGCGCGCUUACAGCGGCUGGGACAGGGCGUCGCGGAGGACAACGACGUGCUGCCCCGCAAGCAAGCAUCAGCGGCCUCGGCUACGCCGUCUGCCGCCUCGCCCGCCGCGCCGCGGCCGCACGACAUGACGGCCCUGCUUGGCCGGCUUGCGCUCGGCCCGACGGCGGCCACGACGAAGCGGUAUGCCGGGACGGAGGGCGCGGCGUUCUACCUCUCUGAGGAUGACGAGAGCGACGACGAGUCCCGCAGCGACCGGCUCGACGAGCUCGGCCUCGCUGUGCCGUGGGCGCGGAGCGGCGCGCCCCGCCUCGGCCGCAUGGGCGGGCUGCCGGGUGCCCUGCUCGACCGGUGCCGCGAGCUCAUGGUCUCGCGCCGCGUCGCGCGCGAGCUGUGGGCUGCGUUCUGGGAGCUGACUUCGUGGCGUGUUCAGCCCCUCACGCCGGCGUUCUUCGACGCGCACAUCCUCCCAGGGCUGUACGACGCGCCGUCCGGCCCGUCCGCGCACCACCUCGCGGUGCUCUUCGCCAUUGUGGCCGCGACGCUGACGCUUGACUCGGGUACGUCGGGCGUGCGCCAGCGCCUGCCGAGCACGAGCGCGACGCGAUACCUGCACACGAGCUGGGCGCUGCUCGUGUGCGGCAACGUCUUCACGUCGACGACGCUCGAGAGCCUGCUUGCCAUCGCGCUGAUCGGGCUGUGCCUCCUGAAUGCGGACGACAAGAAGAGCCCCGACGGGAGCUUUGCGCUCUUCGGCCUGGGUGUGCGCCUGGCCGUUAUUGCGGGCUAUCACCGGGACCCGGCGCUGCUCUAUGCCGAUAUGAGCGUCGAGGAGAUGGACGCGCGCAGGCGGAUAUGGCACGAGUUGCUCGCCAGCGACCGGCUGCAUGUGAGUGGGAGGAUCCUAGGGGGAGCUGACGCUCAGUCCAUGCCGGCGCUGCUGCCCAACUCGGUCGACCUGAACCACUACGACACCAAACUGCCGUCUGACGCCGACGCGCGCGGGUACUUCGUCUGGAAGUGGACUAUCGGGGUACAGAUCUGCAAGGUGGUCGACUACUGGACCUCUGUGCGGAUUCCAAGCUACGAUGCGCUGCAAGACAUUGACGCAGGGCUUCGUCGCCUGUUGAACGCCCUCCCGGCCACCCUGCGCUCCGGAGACCUCCCGCGCGACGCGUUCCCCCUCGCGCGGCCCAGCGCGCCGGCAGUACAGGCCUCGCGCGCGCCAUCGGCCGGGGAAGCGCCAGAGCCCGAGUCGACCGACGUCGUCGUCCGCCAGCGUAUCCGCCUCGCCAUGCACUUCUGCAUGCUGUUCUUCUACCUCCACCGCCCGUGCUUCAUCCGCGCGCUCGUCGCCAACGACAGCACGAUGGACCUGAGCGUUCAGACCAUGGUUGAGACGUGCGAGCAUGUCGUCACGCUCACGGGGGCGGUGAUGGCGCUCGACUGGUCCUUGAGCCGGUGGUUUUCCUUCGCGGCAGACCUCUUCUCCGUGCUCCACUGCCUCACGGCCCUGAUCAUCAAGUCGACCGACCCGCUCGCAGCCCACGGGUACAUGACGCAGCUGGAGCGCGGCGUCGAGAUCCUACAAUGGACAUGCAACCUGCACCCGACGAGCAAGAACCGCGCGUUGUUGCAAGGCGCGACGAAGCUGCUCGCCAACGCCAAGGCGAGCGCGGGCGACAUGGGCGGCGCAAGCAGCGAGGCACAGCAGCCGAGCCUGAGCCCGCUGUGGAACGAGUGGCUCGGCGCCAUGGCACCUAUCGGUGCGCCGGUAUCGUUUGAGGGCCUCGGAGGGGGGGGUGCAUUGGGUAUGGGGCUCGACGUUGGGGCUGGCGGCGGUGAGAUUGGCGUCGACGCAAUCUUGGGCAUGCUGGAUCAAUCGGGCAUGUGGUAG